UAAACAUGAUAAAAAAAUUCGGUGGUUUUUUCAAGUUAUUACUAGUCUCGCACCAGCCCCGAUUAAAAAUAGCAUGUUAUCGACCUAGCGUUAAAAUAGAAAAUAUCCGGGGCUGGCUGUGCGAGACUAAGUUAUUACUGCUCGGACUGGAAGCGACUUGGCCUAUCUAAGUUUUCGCUGGAUAAUACGCCCAUGGCCAUCUGUUAGUGUGUGUAAUUAGUUUGAAUCAGUCUUGUUUUGUUUGUGCGUUACACGCCCUUUUACCUAACACACUUUGAUGUCUGACGGAGUUUGGUGACUUACUCUAAAGAUGUGGCGAUUAUUUGUCCAACUGUUACUGAUUGAUGGUUUAACAUCAGUGAUGAGUAGUCUGACUCGUGGCUACACUGGGACCCCCUGUGUUGAAGAUGUGGUCUCCAUCACAUGCACAGUGCCUGGGGCUUUGCUGGAAUGGAAUGUGCCUGAUCCAACUAGGGAUUUAAGAGUUGAUGAGACAACUGAGCUCCCAUUACAACGUGAUCAGUACACUGUCAUAUCAGUUGUAUUCAAUUCUACCAGUUCCAUGAUCACCUCCAGUUUGAGUUUCCCUGCAGUAGAUGGAAUCAUAAUUAGUUGUCUUCCUGUACUACAACCAAUGUUAAGUAAAGAACUCACCAUACUGACAGCAGUUGCUCCUUCACCACCAAAUGGAUUCAGUGACUCAAUUCUUAACAGCUCAGCCAAUGAAAUCAGUGUAUCUGUACAGUGGGACCCUCCUACUGAGACUGGUGGUAGAGAUGACCUCACCUACACAGUGACAGUCUCACCUCCGACCCAGCUCUCUGCUACUGUCCUCACAUCCACCUCUGUCACUGUGAUUACCCAAUACAAUGUGGACUACACUAUCAGUGUUGUGGCUACCAACUGUGCUGGGAACAGUACAACAGCUGAGUACAACUUUAGGAUUAGUGGCUGUCCUGUGUUGACCAACCCCAUGAAUGGAGCGUUUGUACCAACCACCAGCAGAUUGCCAGGAUCCACGGUAACCAUCCAGUGUGAUGCUGGUUAUGUGUCUCCUGUUACAAUGGUGACAUGUGAUGAUGGACUGAUGUGGAGUCCAGACCCUGAGGCUAUUGAGUGUACAUCACUACCCACACUCCCUCCUACAAGUUCUCCAAUGAACUGCACAGUUCAACUAUCCUCACCACAGAACGGCACUAUCAGUGAUAAUUCAGUACCAGCUAUACCCGGUACACAAGUUACCUUCCAGUGUAACGAUGGGCUGUUCCCUGAGGGGAUAAUGACUGCCACCUGUCUAGCUACAGGAGAGUGGGACAAAAACCCUGGGGAGAUCGUCUGCAGAAACGAACCUAUUUCGUGUGUCCUGCCCGCUCCUCCACUCAAUGGAAUAUUACGCAACACCACGUCUCAGAACACUAACUUGACCGAGGGCUCAGUCAUUACCUUUCAAUGUGAUCCUGGGUUCUCACUGGUGGGUGCAGCGACUGUUACUUGUAAGAACUCUGGUCUCUGGGAACCUGACCCGGCUCUAUUAGAGUGUGUAGCAGCUCCAAUUGCAACUGGUGGUGUUACUGGCGGUCUGUUAGUGGUAUUACUGUUUGUCCUGGUAGUGAUAACUCUCUUAGUGAUUAUCGUUAAGAAAAGAAAAAAUAGCCAACUGUCAGGCAAUGAAGCUCCAAAAGCCCCAGCUGGUCCGGUAUACGAGGAAGUUGGUCUAGCAGUGACACCAGGAUCACAAGACAUUCAAGUGGAGUUUAAUGAAGCUUAUGGACAAACGGUAAAGCGAAACAUUGAGAUGCAGUCGAACCAGGCUUAUAGAGAAAUCAAACACUAAGUUGAAUUGAACUGAACUGUUUGUUUAUUUCAAUUCUAUGUCAACAGUUUGCUUUCACAGUUGUGUAACUUUUAUGAUCACAGCAGCUGGCUAAACCAUGCAUACAGAUUGUAUGGCUAAACAAGCAGCA